UACAUGCUACUCUGCGAUGAGAUAGAACAGGAUCAUCUUGACUUCAUGCACGCUCUAUUCAAAAUUGCGCUGUGCUCAGCCAGAGUAAUUCACGUCCCUCAUACCUUCAACGGUCGCUUCCUUGAUCUGGGGUUCGGGACAGGAGUCUGGGCGAUCGAAAUGGAGAAAGCUUAUCCAAAUGCCUAUGUUCUCGGGGUCGACAUGUCGGCAAUUCAGCCACAUUUUCGUCCGCUAAAUUGUGUCUUCGAAGUUCCAUUUGACCAUGAGCUUCCCUGGUUGAUAGGUGAAGGGCGGUGGGAUGUUAUACACAUGCAGAUAGAAUGCGGCAGCAUAAGAAUAUUUGGCCAUCUACGUUGCGAUAUUUGGUUUGAACAACUGGAGGUAAAUUUCGAGCCUCGUUGCAAUGAUCGACCAUAG